GAGCGCCUGUUCAAGCUCGCAAAAUUCGCUUAUAAAUAAACCUCGUGGGGUAACACUGCUCAUUGGUUAUGCUUAGUUGCUUCGCGCGCUCUGAUUGGCUGAAGUUCACUUCAACCCUUUAAUUCACACCUGAGGAUGGCUUUGCGCGUGGCUUAUUAAUAGUCCUUAGAAAGCAUUUGUUUCAGUACGUAUCCGGCUCGCGCACAGGAGCACAACAAAGGAGUUCGUAUCAAGAAAUUUCGCCAGUCUCGGCCAAAAUCAACCUCGAGUAGAAAUCAAAAGGACAAGAAGUGUCAACAGACGAAAAGUAACGCUACAGAAGUCACACUUGCCAGUUUGUUGACGGUUCUUUUCACUUCACUUUCGAGUCAUGGUGAUGCAUGAAGUUGGGAGGACGUUGUGCGAGAGCUGCAACAGGCUUCGAAGACGAGAAAUGGUCCAUAAUAACAUACACAGUGAAAAUUUUGAGCCAUCUGAGCUUAAGGUCGGAAGACUCUUAGGCAGUGGCGGCUUUGGAUCCGUUUACGAGGCAAGCUAUUGCGGGGAGCGAAUAGCUGUUAAAAAGCUUCAUCAGGGAACAAAGAAUGAGAGAGCUGCACUGGAAAGUUUCGAAGCUGAAAGCUCCAUUCUACAUUUCAGACAUCCGAACAUUGUGCGAACGCUCGCAGUGUUGACUAUAAUGGAGACUCGAUGCAUUAUAAUGGAGUUCGCCGGCGAGAGAAACUUGCAAAGCGUUAUCAACGAUCCAUUUGAGGAGUUGGAUGCAAAUCGGCGCAGAAAAUUUUCCUUGAACAUUGCAACUGCUUUACGAUUUGCCCACCAGCAAGGGUUGGCACAUCUGGACUUAAAACCGGGAAAUGUGCUCGUCACCGCGGACGAUCAAUGCAAACUGGCGGAUUUUGGGUGCUGCCGCGCGGUGGAGGAAAACAAUAAGCCAGCCAGCCCGACAAAAUCGAACUUGACUGGAACUUACGCUUACAGGGCACCGGAACUCCUAAAAGGCGAAAGCCCGACAACAAAGGCGGACAUUUAUUCGUACGGAAUAUGCUCGUGGCAAAUGCUGAAAAGGGAACAACCGUAUGGUAACGAGAAUCAACAUGUUAUUAUUUUUGGGGUUGUCGCCUAUCAGUUGCGACCCGAAUUGAACGACGAAAUUACAGAAGACGAACAAUAUGUAAAUUUAAUCAGACAAUGUUGGCAAGCAGAGGCCAAGUUUAGACCAACAGCCUCCGAGAUCGUUGCCAAGCUCCUACGAAUCAAGGCUGAGACAGAUUUCAGCAACGAACGACGGAACGAAAAGCUUUGCGAUCACCAGGUGUGUCUCCAAAACAGCAGACUGCACUAACUGCACUUGAAAAACAUUGUUCACAGCAAUGGACAACCUAUUUUGUCUAUUUUCCCGGAACUUCAAAAUAAUGUUUUUUAGUUAAAUGACAAGCGAUUGUGAACUCGCAACGUGAGUACCCCAAGACUUCUUACCUACCAUUCGAAAGAACAUUUAAUUGAAAAUUUUUUUUUUCUUAGUAAAAAAUGAAGUUAUAUUAAUUGUAAACAUUUGUGUAAAAAUAUUUCUUACACGUAAACGGCGCUCCUGCCAAGCCAAAAAUAAUAUUUUAAUUUUCAAUAAAAGAAUGCAACAAUUUGCAAA